CAUCCAGCCACACCCCCAUCCAAUAUGUUCUGCAAAUUUGCAAUUGUCAUUGUUCUGGCCUUCGUAGCCAUCCACGCAGCUCCGCAAAUGCCAGGCGGUGUACCAGCUGUUCCGGCCAUGAAUGGCACCGUACCUGAGAUGCCAUCUACGCCGGAGAUGCCUUCGACUCCGGAAAUGCCGUCGACUCCGGAAAUGCCUUCCACCCCAGAAAUGCCAGCCGGUGGAGCACCGGGAGCGGAAAAUGCCACCAUGCCCAACCUGCCGAACCGCAUCACCAACCGCAUCACGAACAGUGUCAACAGGAGCUAG